AUGCCAUGGCAGAUCUUCUGGUGGUUGAAUCGUUACUACGUUGGUAUGGCUUCUCUAUCGAGGACUGGGAACAAGCACUGUACAGAAACGCGCCUAAUGUUCAAAUCAAAGUUCCGGUCGUCGAUCCGUGCCAAGUACAAAACCACCUAUGAAGAGACGGUCUUGCUCGAGCCUGAAGGUGUGCAGGAGAAAAUAAACGCUCUCGUUGCGCAAUACAAUGGGUGCACGAGCGUUUGUAAGGCCAUCUGGUACGGAGAAUAUUGUUCGUGUGUAUGCAGAAGCAGGGACAUCAGAAGAAGCGGAAGCUCUCGGUCACAGCUUAGCAGAUUUAAUAAAAGGGUUAUAAAUGGAUAG